AGUUGUCAGUUGUUAUAGUUGUUGGUUGUUGGACGCGCUCGGAGCUCGGACGUGCGUGUGUAUACGCGCGUGCCCGACCGAUCGCAAAUCACGUCAAUCACGAGCGAUGUCAACGCGGACAACGAUGACGACGAGGACGACGACGUUCGAGCCGACGAUCGGCUCGUCGCUGCUGACGAACGGCAACAGCAGCCUCGCCGAGAGCCGGAAAGCCACGCCGGCGAGACUUUGGACGAAGGUACGCGUCAACGAGUGGACGUUCAGCCUGUCGCUCUUCGCGUUCUCGCUUGCCAUCGUCUUGGGCAAGCUGUAUGUGAAUUAUGGAAAGCCUUUGUCAUGGCAAAUCGGCGAUCGAUACUCGUUGCCGUCGGUGGCAACGUUUACUCAAAUGUACGAAACGAUACCGAGUAUGUCCAUUUUACCGAAAUUUGACGUGAAACACGUGGAUAGCGAGAGACUCUUGAAUGCCAGUAAUCAGUACGCGGAGACAACCGCUCAUAUGCUGGUCACAUUUUACGGGAAAUACGGGUGGCUGUUGAAAGCAACGAUGAGCGGACUUGUGAUAACAGGUUUCAGUUGGUUCAUCCUUUACAAGGACAGCAGUAUACCCGGUGUCAAUCCACCGUCUCCCUUCAGCCCUUCCAGACAGAGGAUACGCGGAAGCUCGAGGAUACAGAUGAAUUAUUUAGUCGGUGUGCUAAAUGGGAUAUUAUGUUUCGUCUACAUGUGUCUUUAAUCGACGGAGACGUCGUCGGUUUUCGAAAGAUGAUUCUAUUUUUCUUUCGUCUAUUUAUAUUAUUUAUUUCACUUAUUUAUGUUGUCGGCGGCAGCAAUGCGUUUAUUUACGAGUGAUCUUGAUAUUUUGUAGCUCUUUUUUGUUGUGAUUAACAUAGUACGAUAUUACGUAACGCUUUCGUAAGUAGCUGUAAUCUCUGAGUAAAUCAAAUGUCGCGAGAAUGCAUAGAGGUACGUUUCCCAAAAUGUAAAGAUACUUCAAACGAUGCGACCCGUUCUGUUAGCACUCAAAGAAUUUGUUCUACUUCUGUAUGUACCAGUAGUCGUUACUGCUAACGGCACAAUGUGCAGAAACUAUAGAACCCAAGUGCGUUAUUGCGCGGCACGCAACAACCAAAAAUGUCAAAGUACAAAAGAGACCGUUGUUCCAGACCCUCUUCUCCAAAUUUUACAUAGUUAUCUAUUGCUAAUAUUAAGACUGAUCGAUUAUCUGACAAAAGGACAUAUUUAUUGUUAGACUAGAGUAAGUGUUGCGAGGUACAAUUUUACUUUGUACGCAGAAUAUAUAUAUUUUUGGCAUGCUUAUAUAAAAAUAAGUAUAACGCAGAAGCGUGAGGCUACGAGUAACAUUAUAUUUAUUAAGUUAAUAUAUAUAGUAUAUUUAACGCGUCGUCCUGGAUGUUACAUGACACUUCUUAAAAAAAAGGAAGAAAUUAGGUAGCUAACAUGCCGAGAAUAUGUUGCGACGAAAAAUGCGCACAGGAGGCACAUUAACGUACAUUUAUACACUUAAAUUGUUUUGACAAACAAGAGAUUAAAAGUGAAUACAUCGCGGCUCCACUCUCGCAAAUAUCAAGCUCAAAAGUAUGACCUUUAAUUACAAACGUUCAUAAACAUUUAUAAAACAUUGUAAACACUUGCAAAAAUUGCAAAACAUGGUUUCUAAAUAUUGAGGAGCGCGAGAAGUGAUAGUUACAUUUCAAAAAGAUAGAGUAGGAUAAUUCCCAGAGGUUUAUCAUACGCGAUAAGAGGCUCAUCCUCUCCGGUCAUCGCAGAAUUAAUGUUACAGAGAUACGCUAUAGAAGAAUGUUUUGUUUUUUGAACGACUAACAUAGGCAGGAUUAAAAAAAAAAAAAGUGUUCGUAAUAUAUAAGCUGCGCCUUAUUGUAAACGUUAUCGUUGUACGUGCACAUAUACGGCAUAUACGGUUUUUCCGCGCGGAAUCUCCGCAUUCGCGAGAACGGAAUGCCAUUCAAUAAACGUUUUGAAUCACAGAA